GGUUAAGAAACUAUUGACAUGUUUCAUUAACAUGCAAAAGUAGGCGUCGCAGUUUUAAGACGUUACUGCUGAGCAGAAGCGAGGGCAACGUUUUACAUUUCGACUCUAAAAAUAAAAUACGACACCGAAUUGCAAAAACAAGGCGUGCAACUUGUUCGCUAUCGUCCGCGUAUUCAGAAUAUGUCAUUUCUAUAAUCAUUGCAUGUUCCGUUUAGGUAUUGACGAGCAAAUUCCGAAUCUUUAAUAUUAAAGCUAACUAACGUUACAUCACACUGGACUUUGGCAGUGUUGUCACACUGACUGCACAGCCCUAUGUUGCCGUUGAUAUACGUGUUCAUGUUGGGGAGAUAGCGAGCAAUACUGGUGUUGUCAAGAUGAAGUUGUCUUCUAUUGUAAUAACAUUGAUAUUAACGGUGGGUGUUCCUUAUUACAUAUAUACACCGUUACCUGCUGCCAUCGAGGAUCAUUUGAAACUGAUGCUGUUGGACGCCUUAUUCCGUGCUAUGCUGCAAGUGGGUGACCUGUGCCAGUGUCUGGGUCUCAGUCACCACAUCACAGUGAUUCGGGGGUCCACAUUGGGGCUGAGGUCCCCGGGGGAGAUGGCGGGAGGGCAGGGAGGCGGGAUGAGGGUGAGUGACGUGGACUUUGACAGAGUCCCGGUGCGCGUGUACGAGCCCCCCGCCGCAGGGGGAGGAGACGGGGGUCUGAGGAGGGCUGUGAUGUUCUACCAUGGAGGAGGAUGGGCCCUGGGGACCACCAAGAUGGGGAGCUAUGAUGUCUUGUGUAGGCAGAUGUCUGAUGAGCUGAAUGCAGUGGUUGUGUCUGUUGAGUACCGUCUGGCUCCAGAAGUGCAUUUCCCUGUGCAGUAUGAGGACUGUCUGGCUGCGGCCAAGCACUUCUUGGAGCCGGGCAUUCUGGGAAAGUUGUCUGUGGAUCCACAGCGCGUGGCCGUGUCAGGCGACAGCGCUGGAGGAAACCUGGCUGCAGCGGUCGCACAGCAGAUCUCGGUAGAUGACAGUGUGAGUGUGAAGUUCAGUGUUCAGGCAUUAAUCUACCCAGUCCUCCAGGGUCUAGACCUCAACACUCCAUCCUACCAACAGAACCACAACAUGCCCAUGCUACACCGCUCUAUGAUGGCCAGGUUCUGGCUGCUCUACCUGGGGGUUGAUACCUCUCUCCAUCCCCUCCUCUUGUCCCCCUCCUUCCUCCAUCAUCCCUCCAUCCCUCCCUCCCUUCGCUCCCAUCUCAACUGGACCACCCUUCUGCCAGCCAAACACAUUAAGCAUUACAAGCCUGUUGGCAUGGAGAUGGGGUCACAGGAGGUCACAGGGCAGGAGGGUGAUCUUCUGUUGGGGUUGCUGGAUGUCCGAGCGGCGCCACUGAUGGCGGAGCAGGGGGUUCUGGGUAGAACGCCGCGAGCUUACAUUGUAACAUGUGAGUACGAUGUGCUCAGAGACGAUGGGUUGAUGUACACCAGGAGACUACAAGACGCUGGCGUCGCGGUUUCCAGCCAUCACUAUGACGACGGUUUCCACGGCGCCUUGAGUUUUGCUCACUGGCCGUUUUUCUUCAAUGUGGGGGAAAGAAUGAUCAGAGGAUACAUGGACUGGCUGCAGGAAAACCUCUAGUGUGUCUGUGUGUGUGUGUCUAUGCAGCUGCAAACACAAAGCCAUCUUGCAGUCAGAAUUUCAGACCAAUGUCCAGGUUAGACAAGCAGAUAAGGCUUUUAAACUGGGUUCAACCUGAUUGUUGACCUCGGUUAGAAUGUCUCUCUUACUGGGUUAAACUGGAUCAAACUGGGUUGGACUGGUGUUUUAAACUGUGUUAGAAUGUAAGAAUAUAUAGGACUUAAAAGGUAGGGUCAUACAACACGAUCCCCUGGUGCUGUAAAAACAAUAACAAAACCUGAAAAUUAGGUAUGUUCUUUAGACAGGGUAUUGGGUGAGGACUUUUCAACCCACAACACUGAGAGCUUGAUUGUUUUCCACUGAACAGAAUGAUCUCAGUUGUCCCCAGUAACUGCUGCUGGGUGUCAGUACUUUAUGUACAAUUAUGAUUGUAAUGGUUGAUAGAUGUUUAACCCUCCAAUAAAUAUUGAUCAGUUUGA